CCGGCCCUGCUAGCUACACCAACAAGAUGGUUGCGCUUCUCCGCUCACUCCCCCCCGCCGCCGCCGCCACGCUCCUCCUCGCCCCCGCCGCGCAGCUCACUAGUUCCGCAGUCGCCGCUAGUGCUGUCAGCGGUAGGCGGUGGAGAAGCGUGAGGACGAACGCCGGUGGGGGUUGGCUUUCCGGGUUGUUGGGAGGCAAGGGCGGCGGCGCGCCCACGGCGAUGACGGUGACUCCGGGGACCGUGAAGGCCGGCGACCCCGUGCUGCAUGAACCGGCACAGGAGGUGGCGCCAGGGGACGUACGGUCCGACAGGGUCCAGGGCAUCAUCGACCGGAUGAUCGACGUCAUGCGCAAGGCCCCCGGCGUCGGCCUCGCCGCCCCGCAGAUCGGCGUCCCGCUCAGGAUUAUUGUUCUCGAGGAUACCCAAGAGUACAUCAGUUAUACAUCCAAGAAGGACAUAGAAGAGCAAGAUCGCCGCCCUUUUGCUCUUCUUGUUAUUAUUAAUCCCAAGCUUAAGAACACAAGUAAAAGAACUGCACUUUUCUUCGAGGGUUGUCUGAGUGUUGAUGGAUAUAGGGCUGUCGUGGAGCGACAUCUAGACGUUGAAGUUUCAGGUUUGGACCAUAAUGGGAACCCCAUUAAGGUACAGGCCUCAGGAUGGCAAGCACGCAUCCUACAACAUGAAUGUGACCAUCUUGAAGGCACGCUGUAUGUUGACAAGAUGGUCCCAAGGACAUUCAGAAUUGUUGAUAACUUGGAUAUGCCGCUUCCAAUUGGAUGUCCUCCACUCGGUGCAAGAUAAUGUGGAUAGCUUGCAAUCUUUCCUCAUCAAAUAGAGGCAUUUAGAUGGCUCCAUACAAUCAGGGCAGCAGAGUGAUUAUUUUCCUUCAAUCACUCUUACCAGGAAGGCUACAAAAUUUGGACAACUGUUUCAGAGGCAUUAAUUUGCAGGUCAUGAUUAUGAAAAUGUAGAAGAGCUUUCAGAUGAUAAAUGUAAUCAUGCAUUAUAACCAAAGCCAUCAACAUAACUUGCAAAAUAACAGUUGUUCAAAUCUGUGCUCUUGCUCUUGAGAUUUUUAUGCUUUACUGGAUGCAAGAGAGAAAUCAGUUGUGUAGUGUAAUGCUAUAGUUUAGAAUCAAAGAAAGAGAAAUAUGAAGGUCCUGUGGAAGGAAAUAAGACAAAUAAUACAGGGAACACAACUAAUACAAAUCAGACUAGUGUUCCUUGGCAUAGGAGGCGUGGAAUGAUGGAGCAGAAAGAACACUGAAGCUGGUUGCAGUAGUUUAGCAAUUGAGGUUUUCUUAUCAUAAAUUCAUGGUACCUCAUGCAAUGAGAAGUACAAAAUGUUAGAAACAGAGAAAAAUGUGAUUUUUUUUUACUUUUAACUUAUUAAGUGCCCACCUAUAAGAGCUUCUAUGGUUUCACCGUGUGUUUCGUUUGUAACAGAUUACAAGAGACAAACUUGUUCAUCGUUUAUCAUUUGCAUCUUUCUUUUA